AUGCUGUUCGUCCCGUUCACGGUACCCACCUUCCCUGCGACGCAUCAUCAGACGACUCAUCCUGCGCACCAGUCGCAUCAUCAACAGCUGCAGGCCAACACCCAGAAUCCGGUGCAGCAACCACAGCAGCUCACCCAGUUGAAUCAGCUGAGCCAUCUGAAUCAUCAGGGCAUCGUGCCGGCGACAACCAAUCAGCCGACUAUACACAGCACCAGCUGUUCGCCGCAGCAACAAGCAACGACACCGAAUAAGGAGAUGAAAGUUAAUUGGGCGACGUCGCCGGGUAACCAACCAAAACAGGACACGAGCAAUUUGUAA